ACCAGUUUUCAUUCUUCUUUUUUCAUAUAUUCACAUAUUCACGUAUCCUUUCAUCAUGAUCUAUAUGUAAUAUAGCUUGACCUUACCUAAUACAAAAAAAAACCCCCCAAUCUGUGCAUACCCCCCACAUCAUAAGCUAAAGAAAAAAAGAACACACAUACAGCCAUGUCCUCUCCGAAAGAUUUUUCAUUGGAGGUCACUCCUCCUAUUGAUACUGCCAACGUGGAAUCGUUAAACCUUUUAAAAUUCACAGUUAAAGACAAGAAAAACGAUAUAAUACUCAAGAACAGGCCAGUAAUACUAUUUAUAUUAACUGGAACUUUAAUUGCAUACAUUCUGAAUAUCAUCUUCAACGUAAAUCUAGAACACGUUGAUAUCCUGCAUCUAAGCAAAGUUCAAUAUGGGUUCAUCUUGGCCCUAGUUACCAUGAUCGCCUUGGUUUCACUUCGACAACAACCGGAAGACACGAUGAUAGUCAUGAAAGGUAUUGGAGUACAAUUAGUUACCAAGAAGAAAUGGAGGUUUCAAAACUCUUCCCAAUCCUUCAUUCCGAUUAAAGAUAUGAUUGAUUUGGUGAUACAUGAAGGGUUUCACAAGUAUGGACAAGUUAUAUUUUAUCUUUGUGUAUUGACUCGUUCAAACGACCAAUCUGGGAAUGACGACAGUAACAUCAUCAAGGUUAUAUUCCCAGAAUUCCUUCCUAGAAGGGAUAUCUUAUUAAAAGUUUGGAAAUUAAGUCGAGAAUUGUUAUUUGGCAGUCCAAAUAGAUACUGGAGAAGAGUUCCAGGCCAAGGGUUAAAGCAAGUACUUUCAUAGAGAAAAUUUAGCAUAAUACAAAAAAAUAAUAGUAAUAAUAAUGAAAUGCAGUGUGUUUUGUAAAAUUUCUAUUCUAUAAGUAUAUGUUCUAUCAUAUAACGGUUAUAGAAAUCAAGCUAAACUAUAAAUGACUAAAAAGUUGUACCCAAACCAGUUGUAACAAAAAUACAGUAAAAAAAAUUUCGUGUGUGUGUGUGUGUGUGGCAUAUUAUACAGUAUGUAGUAGUAAAAAGUUUUCUAAGAAGAACCUAGUUGUCUAAAGACAUAACCAAAAUUCUUUCUUUCAGCCAUACUAGCAACACCAAAACUGGCGACUGUGUAAAAAGCGACACCAGCAAAUACCUUGUGAGCGUGUUGAGAUCUAACGAAGUAACGCAAACUUGCAGCCAUGGUUGCAGGUCUCAAUAUUUGUUCUGUAAGCAACAUUUGUAAAAUAUAAUUGUGUGGUGACUAAUCCUUGGAUGUGUGUCU